AUGGGCCUCAAAUCACCCAUUCCCAUCCAGGACCUCAAGUUCAACAAGCCCGUUCCUUACAGACUACACGUUGAUAGGGAAUUGCUCGGCGUGACGAAACAAAAGCUGGCCCUCGCGCGGUAUCCCGAGGAGCAGUCGGACUUUGGCGAGGAGGAUUGGGCCCAGGGCGCAAAGGUGGCGAGGGUCAAGCAGCUUGCUGAAUUCUGGCGUGACGAAUACAACUGGGAAGAGGAGGAGAGUCGCCUCAACGCAGCGUUCAGCCACUUCCUGGUCAAGAUUGACGUCCCGGGAUUUGGGCCCCUUGUCCUGCACUUUACGCACACGCGCUCCUCUUCACCAAACGCGAUCCCCCUGCUCUUCUCGCACGGCUGGCCCGGUUCAUUCGUCGAAGCUGUCCGUGUAGUGCGCCCGCUCACCGAACCAGACAGCACCGCAGACCCUGCCUUCCACUUCGUCGCACCCUCGAUCCCCGGCUUCGGCUUCUCUCCAGCACCCUCAAAGUCCGGCCUCGGUCCUAGCACCGUUGCGCGCGCUUACAAAAUCCUCAUGGCUGAUGUUCUGGGCUAUCCGACCUUUGUCACGCAGGGCGGCGACUUUGGCUCCUUCAUCACCCGCUCUCUCGCGAUCCAGUACCCGCAGACCGUCCGCGCCCAGCACUUGAACAUGUUCCCCGUUCGCCCGCCGACACUCUCCUCCUCCCCACUCGCCUAUCUUCGCUGGUGCCUGUCGGGCGUGACGUACUCGCGCUUUGAGGCCGAGGCUCUCCGUGUCCGCAGCAACUUCGAGAGUGACCAGAGCGGCUACCUGGAGCAACAAAAGACCCGACCUCAGACGCUUGGCUUUGCACUAGGCGAUUCGCCCAUUGGCCUCCUGGCCUGGUUUGUGGAGAAGUUACAUGACUGGGCUGAUGUGUACGAGGCGUUUAGCGACUCGGACGUUAUCACUCUGGUAAUGAUGCACUGGAUCCAGGGCGCAACGCCGGGUCUGAGAUUUUACCGCGAAGCCUUUGGCCGUGGCAUGCGCGAGGCAGACAAGACAUUUGAGGUGUACGUUUCUGCACCCACUGGGGUGACCAUGUAUGCCAAAGAGCAGCUGCACUGUCCUCGAGACUGGGCGGCGCAGGUGGCCAAUAUCCAGUAUUGGAAGGAAUACGAGCGAGGAGGGCACUUUUCGUCGCUGGAGCGACCAGAUCUCUUUGUCCAAGACUUGCGCAGCUUCUUCUCCCAGCCAGCUGUGCUAAAGGCCAUUCUCUCCAGAUAG